AUGACAGGGAAAGCCGGGGAAGCGCUGAGCAAACCCAAAGCCGAGACUGUGGCCAAGAGUAACUCGGGGGGGAACCCGCCCAGGUGCACGGGUUUCGGCAUCCAGGAGAUUCUGGGCUUGAACAAGGAGCCACCCAGCUCACAUCCGCGGGCCGCCCUGGACAGCUUGCCUACCGGGCACCUGCUGACCGCCCGCUCGGUACUCAGCCCGGCCGGCGUCGGGGGCAUGGGGCUCCUAGGGACAGGGGGGCUCCCGGGCUUCUACACGCAACCCACCUUCCUGGAAGUCCUGUCCGACCCCCAGAAUGUCCACCUGCAGCCCUUGGGCAGAGCCUCGGGGCAGCUCGAUACCAGCCAGACGGCCAGCUCAGAUUCUGAAGAUGUUUCUUCCAGCGACAGAAAAAUGACCAAAUCUUCCUUAAACCAGACCAAGAAACGGAAGAAGAGGCGACACAGGACAAUUUUUACGUCCUACCAACUGGAGGAGCUAGAAAAGGCAUUUAACGAAGCCCACUACCCAGAUGUUUAUGCCAGGGAGAUGCUGGCCAUGAAAACAGAGCUUCCUGAAGACAGGAUACAGGUGUGGUUCCAAAACCGCCGAGCCAAGUGGAGGAAACGGGAGAAGUGCUGGGGCCGGAGCAGUGUGAUGGCAGAAUAUGGCUUGUAUGGAGCUAUGGUUCGCCACUCUAUUCCACUGCCAGAAUCCAUCCUCAAAUCUGCCAAGGAUGGCAUCAUGGAAUCCUGUGCCCCAUGGCUACUUGUUCAAGAUGGCUUUCCCAUGCCCAGGCGCUUUUCUAAACCCGAAUACCAACAAUUCUUUUUAGGGAUGCACAAAAAGUCUCUGGAGGCAGCUGCGGAGACGGGGAGGAAGCCCGAGGUGGAGCGCCAGGCCUUGCCCAAGCUUGACAAGAGCGAGAAGGAAGAAAGGGGCCCUGACCCCCAAGCAGCCACCAUUUCUCAAGAGGAACUGAGAGAAAACAGCAUUGCCGCCCUCAGGGCCAAAGCUCAGGAACACAGCACCAAAGUGCUGGGGACCAUAUCUGGGGGGGAAGCCCUGGCUCGGAAAGCAGAGAAGCAAGAGGAAGUAGAGGAGGAGGAGGAGGCAUCCCCUGAAGAGGAGAGGCAAACGGAGAGACCCAACCCACUGCAGCCUCAGGAUGAGAAGAUGGUUUAA